AUGACCAUAAUUAUUCCUAUAAUAUUUGGAAUGGUUCUGAUCUAUUUGUCGACGUGGAUACCUACACUUCGGAAGUUCAGAAGACAUUGGAGAUAUGGAAAUAAGAUGCCAGGACCUCCUGCCCAUCCGAUAUACGGAAACCUUGGACCGAUUGUCGGCCUCAACACAGAGGAUCUUCCCGCAGUGUUCAUCAAUUGGGCUGCUGAACAACGGGACAAAGGAAACUCUAUCAUGAGAGUCAUGUUGUUGGGAACUGUAUACGUCUGGCCAUUGAAUGGAAAAGCAGCUGCAGCUAUUGUGGAUUCAACUACUGAAACUAAUAAAGGAGACGAUUACGAAUUUUUUAGUCCAUGGUUGGGAGGAGGUCUUCUUCUAGAAGGGUAUGGAGAACGGUGGCGAAGUCAUCGGAAAAUGUUGACUCCAGCAUUCCAUUUUGCAAAGUUGGGAGGAUAUUUUGAAGUUUUCAACAAUGAGGCAAAGAUCAUGGUUGAUUUGUUGAGUGAUUUCUGUGAUUCUGGAAAAACUGUUGACAUAUUCCCUUAUGUAAAACGAUGUGCAUUGGAUAUCAUUUCCGAAACUGCAAUGGGAAUCAAAAUAGAUGCUCAGAUGAACCAUGAUCAUAAAUAUGUACAAGCUGUGGAAGGAUUCAACAAGAUUGGUGUCCUCGUUUCAUUCAAUCCACAUCUCAAAAAUCCUUUCAUUUUCUGGGCAACUGGAUACAAAGCUCAAUAUGAUGACUAUCUGCACACUUUGAAAAAUUUCACUGAAAAAGUUAUCAAAGAAAGAAGAGCCGCUCAUGAAUCAGGAGAAAUUGAGGUGGAGAAAUCGAAAAGAAUGAUGAACUUUUUGGAUUUGAUGUUGAGUAUGGAGGAAGCGAAUCAGUUAACAUCUGAAGAUAUUCGACAGGAAGUUGAUACUUUUAUGUUUGCUGGACACGAUACAACAACUUCUUCCACAUCAUGGGCAUGUUGGAAUAUGGCUCAUCACCCAGAUGUUCAAGAAAAAGUGUACAAAGAAAUGAUGGAAGUAUUCGGAGAUGAUCCAAGUACAGAUAUAACACUGGAGAAUUUGGGAAAAUUGAGUUAUUUGGAUCGAGUUUUGAAAGAAUCAAAAAGAAUUAUUCCACCAGUUCCGGCGUUGCAAAGAAAGUUGACAAAUGACUUAGAAAUUGACGGUUACACGGUUCCUGCUGGAGGAAAUGUUACGAUUUCUCCAAUGGUACUUCAUAGCAAUCAUCUUGUAUUUGAUAAUCCAGAAAAAUUCGAUCCCGACCGUUUUCUCCCGGAUGAAGUUUCCAAACGUCAUCCCUAUGAUUUCAUGCCCUUCUUGGCAGGACCACGUAACUGUAUUGGACAAAAGUUUGCUCAAUUGAACGAGAAAGUUAUGCUUUGUCAUAUUAUAAGAAACUUUAAAAUCGAACCAACACUCGGAUACAAAGACACAAAGCAGUGUUUGGAGGUAGUUACAAAACCAUCCAAAGGAAUACCUGUUCGUCUGGUUCGCAAGAUCUAG